AUGCGUGUGAUAAAGCUCAGCGCAGCUGCGCGCCAAUCUGGGUACAGCCUGUCAGUUGCCGACAUCUUUGCGCAUCCAACCAUUCGAGCGCAAGCUCGCGUGUUGAUGCGAGUCACUACGCCUUUGAGCACCGAUCUAACGGGUCUCGACGGCGCAGAGGAGCUUCUGGCUCCUUUUAGCCUUGUCAAAGGCUGGGCAGACUUUGCCCAGGAUGGCCUCAGUGAAGUUGAUAUUUCAGUCCACGAAGUCGAAGACGCAAUGCCAGCUACUCGAACUCAAGAGUCGCUCAUCAGCAUCAGCCUGAGGAACACCCGACAUGGCGGCCGCUAUAUGGCGCGUAUGGGAGUCCCAAUCCCAUACUGGAUCUCAGAAGAGCGAUUCAAGGAAGCUUGGAAGCAGCUUGUCUCGGCAACUCCAAUUCUGCGAACAGCUUUCGUGUUGCAGGGCGACCAGCUGCUUCAGCUUGUUCUGAAAACCACGUCAGCUCAAGUUCAACAGCUCGUCAAUCUCACUGCAAGGCGCAGUCAUGACAGCUGCCUUCACAUGCAGUUCAAACUCGGUCAGUGUCCUGUUGCGGCCGAACUCGACAUUGCUAGCGAUAAGACAGACUUUCACCUGACUAUACAUCACUCUGUAUAUGACGGCGAGCUGCUCCGACUUCUUUCCGAGCGACUGAUUCAGCUCUGUCGCACCCCCGGAGCGGAGCUGCAAGGCCAGCCCUAUUCCUUGUUCGUUCAUCGUCUUCUCAAGCUCCAGGACAAUGAAGAAUCGAUUGCGUACUGGAAACGGUAUCUGUUCGAAUGUCAGGCAUUCACCUGGCCUACAGAGAUGGUAGGAAAGGCUGGCGUAGCCUGGCAAGUCGAACGGCAAAGCUCCUGCAGGGAGACUCAGAUGGUCUUCGAAGGUGCUCUGCGCUCUAAAGCGCAGGAGCAUUGCGUGACAACAGCGACUCUCUUCAAAACAGCAUUAACCAUAGUCCUCCAUGCAUCUUCGGGUGCAAACGACAUCAUCUACAGUCUCGUCUCUUCCGGCCGCUCCGGCAUGGCUGGGCACGCAGACCUUCAGGAUGUAUUGGGACCGUGUGUCACUACUGUGCCAGUUCGAGCUGUCAUCGCUCCAGAUCAGACUGUCACGGAACUUCUCGCUCAAAUUGACGCUGAUGGUGCAGCAGCCCUUGCCCACGAGCAUGUCGGCUACGCCAAGAUCUGCGGUACAGCAAAUCUGCAGCCUGCAACAGCCUUGUCUACCGUCUUGUUGACCUUUCAAGACGAGCCCUCCGCUUUAUCAGCCCAGGAAUUCAGCCUCUUUGACGCGACCACUCAAAUGGAAGUAGAGUUCCCGAUCAAUCUCAUCGUGCACCCACGCGGCGAAGCCUUGCUCAUGGCGCUCUGCUCACACGACGAGGAGGUUGCUCCUAGAUUGGCGACGUUCUUCUUGCAACGGAUCUCGGCUGUUCUGACUUCGAUUUGCAGCAGUGACUUAAGAGGAUUGACAGUGAAAGAUCUUCCGUGCGUGGGCGAAGAAGAGCUUCUGUAUCUGCGCACGACGCUGUGCAAGCCGCUUACGGCUACAAGUACAAUCAAAGCCUUCGAGCCGGUUCAUGUCUCCUUUUCGGCAAUAGCCCGGCAGAUCCCGAAGAAGAUCGCUAUCAUGUCCUUGGACGGCGACGCCAUCACGUAUGAUAGGCUCGAUUACCUGUCCGGUCAGCUCGCUGUGAAGCUGGCUGCCCGCAUCUCUUCUUCCAAUCCCAGUAAGCGGCCAGUGGCCAUCUUCAUGCCUAAAAGCAUCGCGCUCUAUAUCGUCAUUUUUGCCGUGCUCAAAGCGGGUUAUGGAUACGUAGCGUUCGAGCCCGAUCAUCCGCCAUCCAGAACGCGUCAGCUCUUGUCGCACGUCCAAGCGUCUCUGUUGAUCGUGACUGAAAGCACUCAUCCUCGAGUGGGCUCAAUCUUGGCAGAGCACGUAAACGGUAUUUCCGAUAACAACGUCAAUAGCUCACUGUUCAACGCAGACAGAGCCAUCCGUGAAUGCGAUACAGAGGACACAGGCUGCGAAGCUGACCUUUCGAAGGCAAUCGCAAUCAAAGAAGAUGACACGGCAUACAUUGUCUUCACCAGCGGCACAACAAGCUCUCCAAAGCCGAUUGUGGUCCAGCACGGCAAUCUUUACCACUCCAUCGAAUCGAGUCGCUCGAUUCUUCACAAGGAUCCGUCUUCCUUACGCACACUGGCCUUUUCAGGCCCGACUUUUGACAUGAGCGUAUGGGAUUUCUUCGGAACGCUCUUGAUUGGCGGCACUCUUUGCAUUGCCCCGCGCAACGAUCUUCUCACUGACCUGAGUGGCGUGACAGCUAGGCUUGCUGCUACUUUCAUCGAGACUACCUCCACAGUCUUGGAUCUGCUUGUGCCAGACCAAGUGCCGUUCCUGCUGACACUUUGUCCGGGAGGCGAACCGCUGAAGAAGCAAAUUUGCGAACGCUUUUCAACCGGAUUCCAGAUCCUCAACACCUAUGGCCCUUCUGAAUGCACCGUCAGCGUCACGUCCGGCUGUAUUGGAAGAAAUGACCUUCCGAGUCUCAUAGGCAGACCGAUAGGCUGCAACCGUGCGUACGUCAUCGACCGCUGCAGUGGCCGACCUCCUGCGUUGGUGCCGCUCGGAAGAAUCGGUGAACUGGCGAUCGGUGGACCCCAAGUAGGGCUCGGCUAUCUUGGCAACCAACCUGCCACCUUGGUGUCUUUCAUUCCGAGCCCUUUUGACGUCGAUGCGCCGACAAGUCAAAGAUUGUUUUUGACAGGGGACAAGGCAAGAUGGCAUUCAGAUGGCCGCCUUGAAUACCUGGGUCGUUCCGACUUCCAAAUCAAGAUCCGAGGCUUCCGCAUUGACCCCUUCGAGGUUGAGGAGGCGGUCGUCAAAGCUGCUCAUCCUCUUGGAGAUGAUGCAAUCUGCGCGAAGGUGUUCGACGAUGAAAGCCGCGAACGUCUUGUCGUGUUUUUAGCUCUAUCCCAUGGAGCUAACAGUCAGACAGAUUGUACCUUCAGCGCUGGGCUGACGCUGACCGGUACCCUUACAGAGGACGCUUCUGCACUUACAGCAAGUCUCUCAUCUGCGUUGAAGCAAAGGCUACCUUCGUAUAUGAUCCCUUCAGUUAUUCUUCCGAUGAAGGCUUUUCCGUUGACCGCCAAUCUCAAGGUGGACAGGAAAGCGCUGAUGUCUACAUACACGGAAUGGCUCGCUUCGGGAAGCAAGUUCACAUUCAUCGAUGACGGUUCUGCACAACAGAGGAAUGAUUUGAAGCCAAGCCUCAACGAGACCGAGAUCCAGGUUGCUACUCUCUGGGGUCAGCUGCUUGGGAGGGAGCCGAGCUCUUUCUCGUCGAGCGACCACUUCCUCCUCGUGGGUGGCGACUCGGUCCUCCUGAUCCGCCUUGCAGGUCUCUGGCGAGCACAUGGCUGCAAGAUUGACUUUGCGACGCUCUUCGACAACCUCAUUCUCUCAGCCCAGGCAAAACUGUUCCUUCCAUCACGAUCAAUCGACGAGAGAGAAGCUCAGAAGGCCUAUGAACCGUUCAGUCUGCUUCAAGAUGCGAUCACCACCACGGCAGAUGCGAUUGCAGGACUCAACGCUGAGCCGGAGGACGUAGUGGAUAUCCUCCCUUGCUCGCCGAUGCAAGAUGCUUUAGUUGGCCUCAGUCUCACUGGCGACAAGGACGCCCAGGCCUACUUUGCCACGAUCGACACAGAACUUCCAAAGUCUCUAGCUUUUUCGGAGGUGCAGCGUGCAUGGGAUCAACUCGUCCGGUGGAACGAUGUGCUGCGUACAUGCUUCUUCUUCGGAAAGGAAGGAUUGCUUCAGGUAGUGUAUAGAUCGGGAUCGACCAGAGGCAAGGCGGCUUAUCUGCAUGAGAUCGACACAAAAGAUACUGGUGCUUCAAGUCCCGAUUCUACAAACUUCGAUACGGUACCGGCACCAGGGCUCGAGAUGGGAGCUGUCCCUAUCACAGCGCGAUACUAUUCUUCAACUGAGAACUCCCGACUCGUGGUCAAAUUCCACCACGCAGUGUACGAUGGGGAAAUGCUCGACAUCCUCUUGAGCCAGUUCUACAGUGUUCUGCGUUACGAACGGGACAGUGCAGAAUACAGAACGAGUCGUUCACAUCUGGGCAGAUGA